CUUCGUCUACCACCAUCAUGUUCACUAAGGCUGUUGUUGCCCUUGCACUUGUGGCUGUUGCUGCUUCUGCUGCUGCUCCUUCUCUGCCAGCCUAUGGCUAUGCGCCUCAGCCUACCUAUGAGGUCCCUGCCAAGUACGACUUCAACUAUGCCGUGAAGGACGACUACUCCGGAAACGACUUCGGUCACCAGGAGGCCCGUGAUGGCUAUGACACUCAGGGUUCUUACUACGUCCUCCUUCCUGACGGUCGUCUUCAGAAGGUUGCCUACACUGUCAACGGCGACUCCGGUUACGUGGCCGAGGUCAGCUACGAGGGUGAGGCCCAGUACCCCGAGUACAAGCCUGCUCCUGCCUACAAGCCCGCUCCUUCUUACCAUCCCGCACCUGCCUACAAGCCUGCUCCUUCUUACCAUCCCGCACCUGCCUACAAGCCUGCCCCUGCAUACGAACCUGCCCCUACCUAUGAGACCACUCCUGCUUACGCUGUUGUUGCCCUUGCCCUCGUGGCUGUUGCUGCUGCUGCUCCUUCUCUGCCAGCCUAUGGCUAUGCACCUCAGCCUACCUAUGAGGUCCCUGCCAAUCUUCCGUCCUCGGAUCUCUGGCUUAGAGGAACACUGCCUGCGCAUAUCAACAAUCUAGAGAGGGAGAUUUACGGCAAGUGUGACCCUUGCACAUCAGGUCAGGCCAGUGGAGCUGGGGAUGCUUUUAAAGAUAUGCAUCACUCUUCGUCUACCUCCAUCAUGUUCACUAAGGCUGUUGUUGCCCUCGCCCUCGUGGCUGUUGCUGCUGCUGCUCCUUCUCUGCCAGCCUAUGGCUAUGCGCCUCAGCCUACCUAUGAGGUCCCUGCCAAGUACGACUUCAACUAUGCCGUGAAGGACGACUACUCUGGAAACGACUUCGGUCACCAGGAGGCCCGUGAUGGCUAUGACACUCAGGGUUCUUACUACGUCCUCCUUCCUGACGGUCGUCUGCAGAAGGUUGCCUACACUGUCAACGGCGACUCCGGUUACGUGGCCGAGGUCAGCUACGAGGGUGAGGCCCAGUACCCCGAGUACAAGCCUGCUCCUGCCUACAAGCCUGCUCCUUAUCAUCCCGCACCUGCCUACAAGCCUGCCCCUGCAUACGAACCUGCCCCUACCUAUGAGACCACCCCUGCUUACCCAGAGCAUCACUCUUCGUCUACCUCCAUCAUGUUCACUAAGGCUGUUAUUGCCCUUGCCCUCGUGGCUGUUGCUGCUGCUGCUCCUUCUCUGCCAGCCUAUGGCUAUGCGCCUCAGCCUACCUAUGAGGUCCCUGCCAAGUACGACUUCAACUAUGCCGUGAAGGACGACUACUCCGGAAACGACUUCGGUCACCAGGAGGCCCGUGAUGGCUAUGACACUCAGGGUUCUUACUACGUCCUCCUUCCCGACGGUCGUCUGCAGAAGGUCGCCUACACUGUCAACGGCGACUCCGGUUACGUGGCCGAGGUCAGCUACGAGGGUGAGGCCCAGUACCCCGAGUACAAGCCUGCUCCUGCCUACAAGCCUGCUCCUUCUUACCAUCCCGCACCUGCCUACAAGCCUGCCCCUGCAUACGAACCUGUCCCUACCUAUGAGACCACCCCUGUUUACGCCUCUGACCUCGGCUACGAAACCGGAGUCGCCGUUGACAGUGUAGGCGACCUUCUGCAGACGACCGUCAGGAAGGAGAACGUAGUAAGAACCCUGAGUAUCGUAACCGUCACGAGCCUCCUGGUGACCGAAGUCGUUUCCGGAAUAGUCGUCUUUCACGGCAUAGUUGAAGUCAUACUUUGCAGGGACCUGGAAAUGCAGGCUGAGGAGCAUAACCAUAGGCUGGCUGAGAAGGAGCAGGAGCAGCAACGGCCACGAGGGCGAGGGCAACGACAGCCUAGAAUAAAGUAUCAUAUUAGUUCCUUUUCUUUAUAUGCACGUGUUGUUUUCUACUGGGAGCUAUCCCUUAUCAUAAAUAUCAUAUUUCUCACCUUAGUGAACAUGAUGGGGGUAGAAGAAUAUCACACGUCAUCUACCUCCAUCAUGUUCACUAAGGCAAUCGUUGCCCUCGCCCUCGUGGCCGUUGCUGCCUCUGCUCCUUCUCAGCCAGCUUACGGUUAUGCUCCUCAGCCUACCUACGAGGUCCCUGCCAAGUACGAUUUCAACUAUGCCGUGAAAGACGACUAUUCCGGAAACGACUUCGGUCACCAGGAAGCUCGCGACGGUUAUGAUACUCAGGGUUCUUACUACGUCCUCCUUCCCGACGGUCGUCUGCAGAAGGUCGCCUACACUGUCAACGGCGACUCCGGUUACGUAGCCGAGGUCAGCUACGAGGGUGAGGCCCAGUACCCCGAGUACAAGCCUGCUCCUGCCUACAAGCCUGCUCCUUCUUACCAUCCCGCACCUGCCUACAAGCCUGCCCCUGCAUACGAACCUACCCCUACCUAUGAGACCACCCCUGCUUACGCCUAAAUGAAACUCGAUCAAAAUAUGUUUAUAAAUAUUUAUUAAACUGAAAUUAUA